AGUCUGACCGGUCAAGUAAUUUACACCAUCAUUUUUGGCGCCGACCGUGGGACCGUUAAGGUUUCUUCUCUUCUAAACACAAACCUACCCACAAAAACACCACUCAAAAUGUCUUCCAGCCAGCAAAUCAACGCUACUUCCACUCAGGUGCAAGCCACCAAUGAGGGCACCAGCAUCCCUGUGGCUGCUACCCUGCCGGUCAUUUCUGCCCCAGUGUUGCCUUUGGGUCUGAGCUCUAUCCCAACGCCUAGUGUGAUCAGCCCAUUCACGACCCCCGUCCCUUCCGCUGGACCGAGGGUCACGUUCCCACCAAGCAUGACUCAGUUCAUGAAUGACCCAGCCAACCUACAGGCCAUCCAGGGCUUUGGCAAGGUCAUGGCCAUGUGCCAACAGAAAGGGGGAAUGCCUUUUCUCCCUGGUAUGUUCCCGUUCGCUCUUCCAGGCAUGGGAUCCAUGCCCCUACAAGCUCCAAUGGUAGUGACGCCGUUCCAGAUGCCGAUGCCGCAGCCAUCACCUUUCCAACCGCAGCUGGUCAGUACCAUGGCCCGUGUCAACUUGACUGGCGCACUUAACGCUGCCGGGCCGUCGCGUCCCUCGCAAGGCGAUGUGCGGGAGGCCGAGCCUACCCGCACCCGGCGCUCCCGGUCUAACCGGAAUGAGCGAGCAAGGACGAGGGCCUCUUGUCAGGAAGAGGAAGCAGAGAGCCAGCCUAGGUUACCGGUGGCGAACCGGUUGACCGUCCCAAAUGACCGCGUCCAGCAGAUGGAGGCAAAACUAGAGAGGCUGGAAAAGAAGGUCGGAGAGAAGAAUGACCGGGACAAACCCCUGGCAGGGUCCCCGUUCACCACAAGAGUCCAUCUGACACCUUUCCCGCAAAAGGUCAAGAUCGACGCCCCUAGAUUCACCGGGAAGGAAGAUCCGGAAAUCCAUCUAGACUCCUUCAACCAGAGUGCGACCAUGAACGGUUGCACCGAUGAAGAAAAGUGCCUUCUUUUCUUCCAGACCUUGCGAAACCGAGCCACUGAAUGGUUCAAUAAGCUUCGCCCGGGAAGCAUUGAUUCGUUUAGUGAUUUGGCCUCAAAGUUCAAGGCCAUGUUCCAGGAGAAUUGUACUAAGAGGAAGAAAUUCACCUAUCUUAGUACAGCCGGGCAGAGAAAGUCUGAGAACCUUACUCAGUUCCUUACCCGGUGGAAGGAAGAGGUAGACAAGGUGGAAGAGAUGGAUGACAAGACCGUCUUAUCCCUCCUCUUGAAUGGCUUGCGUGCCGGGGAACUAUACAAGGAGUUCUGCUGGAAACCCCCGGCCACGUACCAAGAGGCCUACCACACUGCAUGGGAGUUUGCUGAGGCUGAAACCCAACUCCGAGCAAAGAAAGAAGCUGAGCAUGGUUACAAGCCCAAGCCGGUGCAAGUCAAGAAGGAAGAAGCCCCAGGACCUAGCCGGCCAAGACACCACUAUGACCCGGUUGUCCGUGUGGUCAAUACAGAAGAAUGCCAAGAAAUCCGGAAAGCACCAGUCAUUCUUCCGGAAAACCCUACCGGUCAAACAGGGCGGCAGUGGUCGGGCACCUAUUGUUCGUACCACAGGUCAGAUUCUCAUAACACCUCUGAAUGCAAAAGUGUUAAGGGGGUCAUCCGGCAGAUGAUAGACAGUGGAGAGCUGGGCAAGGAUUACUUGCAGAAAGCCCAGGAGAAGAGUCAUCAAUGGGUUAGGCCAGCUGCCCCGGGAGAUGACCGGGACAAUGACCGGCGGAGGAAUAGCCGGCCCAGGGAGCGGCAACCUGCUCCUGAAAAAGAGUACAUCGGCAUGAUCUUCGGCGGACCUGAGGGUGGAGAUUCAGCCGCGCAGCGGAAGAACUUGGUCCGGAGCAUUUACGUUGGUGAGGUAAGUGCUGAACCGCCCAGGCGUAAGCAUACUAUAAGGGAGCCGAUCGCCUUUACUGACCGAGAUCUCCCUCCUACCGGUGAAGAUCACAAUGAUCCAUUGGUCAUCACCAUGGACAUUAAUGGGGUGGAUAUCGCCCGGGUACUUGUUGACACCGGUAGUAGUGUCAACAUCUUAUACCUGGAGACUUUCCAAAAACUCAGGUUGUGUCGGACACAACUUGAACCCCUCAAAACUCCUCUCUCAGGCUUCACGGGGGACACCGUUGAAGCUGAAGGAUCCAUAGUUCUACCGGUCGAACUAGGAUCAGGUGAGAAGACCGUGUGGAAGAAGAUGUGGUUCAUCGUUGUGGACAUUAAAUGCGUCCACAACGCGAUCCUUGGGAGACCUGAAAGGCGACCAGAGGAAUGCCCGGAGUGCUAUGCCCGGGCAGUCAAGAAGAUGACCAAGGGGGUCAAUGUCAUCUCCCAAGAAAUCACAAAGGGAGAGACCCGGGAGAAAUUGGAGCCCGAGGCCGAGACGGUGGAAAUCGAACUUCACCCGGGUGAUUCUUUGAGGAUGGUCAAAAUUGGAGCAAACCUCCCCGAGGGUCUCAAGGCAGAGAUUACGCGGGUCCUCCAAGAAUACGCGGGCAUAUUCGCAUGGAGCGUGGCGGAUAUGCCCGGAAUAGAUCGCUCUAUUAUCUGCCACCGGUUGGCCGUAAGUGAAGGAAGUCGACCGGUACGUCAGAAGAAGCGAUACCUGGCCAGUGACCAGCGAGACUUCGUCAAGAAGGAAGUGAAGGACCUCCUCAGUGUUGACCUACCGGUCAACAAGCCCACUGAGCAAUGGUGGGAGAUGGCAGUUGAUGGGGCAUCUGGUCCUAGAGGAUAUGGGGGUGGUAUCGUUUUCACCACCCCAGAAGGGUUCAAGAUCUACCAUGCAAUCGUCUUCAACUUCAAGCUGACAAACAAUGAGGCAGAAUACGAAGCUCUGACUGGAGCGCUCAGACUUGCCCAAGCCCUGAAAAUCAGCCAGGUUAGUAUCAAAUCUGACUCUAGCCUGAUCGUUGGGCAAGUGACCGGCAACAUGGAGGCAAGAGAAGGACGCAUGGCACAAUAUAAGGACCUUGUACUUGCCCUGUUGAAAGGUUUCGAAGAGUUCAAGAUCGCCCAAAUUCCCCGGGCGGAGAACGCAGACGCAGACCUUCUCUCCAAGUUGACGCAGUAUGCUCCCGAACAUGUUUCGAAACUUGCCUGGGUGGAAAUCCUGGACCGUGCAAGCAUCGAGAGACUGGAAGUCGCCGCUAUAAUGGCCGGAAGCCAAUCUGACCGGUCAAACCUGGUCGGGGCGGACGAUCAUUGGAUGUAUGAUCUGAUGGAAUAUUUGAUUGAUGGGAGCUUGCCAGAACAAGAUGACCGGGCAAGAAAAGUGAAGCUCAGGGCACCCCGAUUCCAGGUUCUUGAUGGAAGGCUGUAUAAAAGGGCAUUUGGGGGGCCACUCCUGAGAUGUCUGACCAACCGGGAGGCUGAGCGAGUCAUAGCGGAUGUCCACGAAGGCGUAUGCGCGGCGCAUCAAAUGUCCCGUACACUUUCCCAGCGCAUCAUCUUAUUGGGGUAUUACUGGCCAACAAUUGUCCAGGAUUGUGAAAGAAAUCCAAGGUUCACCGAAUACUUGGAGGGCUUCGGGAUUAAGCACAAUCGCUCUUCGGUGGCGUACCCCCAAGGAAAUGGCCAAGUCGAAAACGCCAACAGGACAAUUGUGGAUGGUCUGAAGAAAGGGCUAGGAGAGGUAGGGAACAAGUGGCUGGAAGAGCUCCCACACAUCGUAUGGGCGUUCCGAGUAACACCCAGGAGGGCUCACGGGGAAACUCCAUUCUCCCUAACCUAUGGGUGUGAAGCAAGGCUGCCCAUCGAAGCUGAAUUCCCAACGUUCCGGGAAUCAAAUUAUCAACCCCAACAAAAUGAAGACGACCACCUAGCCGAGCUCAACUUGGUCGAGGAACGAAGGAUGGCAGCAGAGGUGAGAAUGAGUACAUACCAACAAGUUGUGAAGAAGUACCAUGACAACAAGGUUGGGCCGCGGUACUUCCAAGUUGGAGAUGAAGUCCUACGAAGAAGAGAAGUGAGUAGACCUGGAGAUGGAGGAAAGCUGGCAAAAAACUGGGAAGGCCCAUACAGGGUUAGGGCCAUCGUUCGCCUAGGAACCUACCGGCUAGAAACUUUAGGUGGUGUACCGGUAGAAAGAACUUGGAAUUCCCAUCAUCUUCGCAAGUUCUACAAAUGAUUGUAAUACUAGGCUAGGCCUACUUUUAUUAUCAAUCGAAUUGAUGACAUUCUGCAUCCUACAUGGCAGCAGCAAAAAAUUGAUAAGUCGAACCUAUCCAUAUCGGAUCCACUCGGAUAAGCCAACUGAGACACAAGCUCGGACCUGGCACGUUGGUUACUACACCGGUCUUGCUCAGUACAAGAGAAAAAUAUUAAAACCUGGAAGAGGGGCCCGGAAGAGGGUAUGCCUG